GUGCAGCCCGGGACUCUUCCUGCGCAACCCUCUCAAGCAAGUACAAGAUGGCCAGCCCGAACCAGAAGAGCGCGCUGAAUAUUGUCAUGGGGGCCAUGACGUUUGGCGAGGAGGGGAAGGAGGGCGCUAGAGUUCACAAGUUGGAGGAUGUGGAAGCGAUUUUGGAUGUGUUCCAGGCGCAUGGACACACCGAGAUUGACACCGCGCGCACUUAUACUGGUGGCACGAGUGAGGAAUACCUCGGGAAGAUUGACUGGAAGAAGCGCGGGCUGAUACUCGAAACAAAAUUAUAUCCCAACGUCUCCAACACGAGACUGCAAAAUCCAGACAGGGAGUUGAUCUCCCACAAGCCAGAGGAUCUGCGCAAGCACCUCGAGCGGUCCUUGAAAGCGUUGAACACAGACCAACUAGAGAUGUGGUACCUCCAUGGACCCGACCGCACGACACCGAUUGGGCUUACGCUACGUGCAGUGAAUGAGCUGUACAAGGAGGGAAAAUUCAAACGUUUCGGGAUCAGUAACUACAUGGCCUGGGAAGUGGCCGAAAUAGUGCAGAUCUGCCGUGGAAACGGAUACAUCCAGCCGACAGCGUACCAGGGGAUCUACAACGCCGUCCACAGGAAAGUCGAGCCGGAACUAUUCCCUUGCCUCAGGAAGUUCGGCAUCGCCUUCUAUGAAUUCAAUCCGCUCGGUGGUGGAUUCUUCACUGGCAGGUAUCGCUCCCUGGAAGACAAGGUCGAGCCUGGGUCUCGUUUCGAUCCUGAGAAGGGACAAGGAAGGAGCUAUCGUGCACGUUACUGGAAUGAGCCCUACUUCAAGGCGCUCGCCUCCAUCGAAGAAAUUGCCAAAGAGCAUAACCUCACUCUUGCCGAGAUCGCCUUGCGCUGGAUCUCGCAUCACAGUCUGAUGAAGCGUGAAUACGGCGACGCUGUAAUCAUCGGCGCGUCUAGUGUGAAGCAUAUUGAAGAAAAUCUCGUUGAUUUGGAGAAGGGGCCGCUGCCGGAUGCCGUUGUGAAGGCCCUCGAUGAUACGUGGUUCUCUGUCGCCCCGUAUGCCACCAACUACUUCCACUGAAGGUGUGAAAGGUUGAGAGAAUGAAGUAGACAAUGGAUUGUACAGUAGCAUAUAUGUCUAUCGGAUGUGUUUUAUGAGGC